UAACCUAUAUUCAGAUUUGGUCAGAGCCUAUAUGACCUUGUAUGUGUUAUUUGUUAUUUUUAUUUGAACAUGAUUUGAACAACUUGAACCAGCUAGUUUUACAAGCUACAAAAGUUCUGAUAAUAUCUAAAUUAUAAACGUAUAUUAGAAUGUUAACAUGAAAAAUAGCAAAGUAAAGUUUUACUGUAUAUUUACAAUUUCAAAAUAAAAUGUCUGAAAAUGAAGGCCCGAAAGAAAAGGAAGAAAGUGGAAAAUCUCCGGAAUGUUUUGUGUUAAGUAACUCUGUAUCUAGGACAUCACAGGAAUUAAAUAAUAUGGAUUCUUCAGUGGAUAAUAAAGUACUGCGAAUGAUGAAAAAGAUGGGUUAUAAAAUCGGCUCAGGAUUAGGCAAAAAUGAACAAGGUAUCACAGAAUCGAUAAAAAUAAACACGAAUUUGGAGAAACGAGGCCUUGGACUUUGUAUAAAAAACUUUCAAUUUUCAAGCGAUACUUGGGAUUUUUUACAAGAUGAUAUUAUAAUAGAGGAAAGUGUUAAUUGGUUGGAAAAUAACUCUACUGUUUGUUUAACAGAUCAACAUUUUGAGAAUUGGUUAACCGAAGGCACAAGAAGACAUUCUGUGGAAGAUAGUAAUUUCUGUCAUAAAGAUAUUUUUAAGAAUGUUUUCCAGGCCAAGGAAAUAUUUGAUGAACUAGAUAAUAUAGAACUAUACAAAGCUAGAACUCGGGCUAAUCCAUUUGAAACCAUAAAAUCAGUUUUCUUUAUGAAUAGAGCAGCUUUAAAAAUGGCAAAUAUUGACGCCGCCACUGGAUUUAUUUUUACUAAUAUGGAAAAUGAAGCAGAGUUUAAAACAGAGAAAGGUCCGAUUUUCUUCGCAGACGUAUGUGCUGGUCCAGGUGGAUUCUCUGAAUACAUCUUCUGGAGGAAGAGCUGGCUUUAUAAAGGUUUCGGCUUAACACUUAAAGAUGAAAAUGACUUUAAAAUUACAGAAUCCAAGUGCACAACAGCUGUGAUGUUUCAAGCUUUAUAUGGAUCUGCUGACGAUGGAGAUGUUACAAAUCCAGAAAACAUAUCCGAUUUUACUGACAGAGUAAAACAUGAAACAGAAGGAGGUGUUCAUUUUAUGAUGUCUGAUGGUGGAUUCUCUGUUGAUGGUAAUGAAAAUUUACAAGAAGUUCUUUCCAAAAAUAUUUAUCUAUGCCAGUGUUUGUUAGCCAUAAAAGUUUUAAAACCACAUGGGUCGUUUGUUACCAAAUUAUUUGAUCUCUUUACAAAUUUCAGUGUUGGAUUAUUAUAUUUAAUAUAUUUAUGCUUUGAGAGAGUUGCCAUAUUAAAGCCAAACUCUUCCCGCCCAGCAAAUUCGGAGAGAUACUUUAUUUGUCAAAAAUUGAAGGAUAAUACAUAUACAAAUAGUAUAAGAGAAUAUCUUUGGAGAGUUGCAUUAAGAUUAUGGGAACUGAAGGAUAAACCAGAUAGAGAAAUUCUGGAAAUUGUACCAUUACAUAUUUUAGAAGGGGACGUAAUCUUUAAGUCAUAUAUUGUUAAAAGUAAUAAUUUAAUAGGAAGUAAACAAAUAAUUGCCCUCAAGAAACUUGCUCAGUUUUGUAGAAAUCCUCAACUAAUCGAUCUCAGACAAAAUGAAUUAAGAAUACAAUGUUUAAAAUAUUGGAAAAUUCCAGAUGAGAAGAAAAAGAGUAAUAGUUUUUUGAAAAUUGAUGAAAUCCUUCUUGGCCUGCAUUGUACACCUGAUUUGGUAACUGUUCCACCGAGAUGUAUAAAGGCAUUCUCAAAAUUAAAUCUUUUUGUUACCCAUGAAAACGUUUGGAAGUAUUGUUACUUAAUCAGCUCUGCACAUCAAAACAGGUGUCAUUUUUUUGUUGCAACUGGGAACUCGCACGUCUUCAGACUACAAAAUGGCAAAUGGAUGAAAGUGAAACAUUUGGAAUUGAUUCCUGGUACAUUACUAUAUGGUGAAUUUGUACAAGAAAAAGUUGUUAUGGAUUCCAAAACAAUUAACUACCGAUAUAGUUUACAUGUAAUCGACGCUGCCUUCUUAGGCUCUAAAAAUUUACAAACGUGUAAUUUUGAAGAAAGAUUUCAAUUAAUACAAAUGUAUUGCAAAGCAGUAAACAAAGAAUCACAGUCCAAAUACUGCGUCAGAGUAAGGCCAAAAGUAUUAAAGGAGUUGUCGGAUCUGUCGCAAGAUAUUACUAAAAAUGGAUUAGUAAUUUCCGAGAAUUAUUUGCCAAGCAUUGGCUAUAAGUCCGAAACAGAAACCUGUGAAGUUAAUUCUAUCCUUCUCUUGAGAACUGACGAAAGUCAAUCAUUUCAAUCGACUUAUGUUUCAAGGUUGCAAAUAUUAAACACCAAAGAAAACAAAACAUUAUUUGAAAAAUUUUGUAGCAAAAUUGAAAAUAAUAUUUUAAUGUAAUUUACAUUUAUUUUUAAUAUACAAAUAAAAUAA